AUGAUUGUUCCAUUCUUCACCAUAGAUCAGGACGACGAAUACGUCACGGUUGACCUGAAGAUAUCACAUCUCCGUUUCAAUGCCUCUUCCUUGGAAUUGGCAGUCACCGAUAACACUAUGGUGUUUUCCUUAGCCCCAUACUUCUUAAGACUGAGAUUUCCUUUCCCCUUCGAGGAAGAUGAUGACGAAAAGAUAACUGCCCAAUAUAUCUCCCAGGAAGACGUUUUGCGGCUGCGACUUCCCAAACUCAACCGAGGCCAGUUCUUUCCAGACCUGGACUUUACUGCUAAACUGCUCGCACGAGACGGUGAGGCUGUGGCCAAGGAACCUGCUCUUCGCGCCGUUGACGAAGAAUUGAAGGUUCCUCGGACAGAGUCUCCAAAUGUCCCCAGACCGUUAAUACAGGAAUUGGAUAUGGCUGAUAAGACGCGCGAUGUUGACUUGCAGCAUGCAGAGUCGUUGAAUUGGGAGGUCGAGCAGCAAAUACCGGUGGACCCAGUCUCGAUAGGUGUGGACUCAAGAUUUUUGUACGGCUUUAAUGACAGUCACAAGAGCAUGCUGAACAUCACUCUUUCUAACGGGAAUGAUAUUAACGAGCUGAGCGAUCCGGAUGCCACUGACGCAGAUGAUCGCAUCAUGGAGAGACUGAUCAAAGAGAACAUCAAGUUCGAUGUGGAUUACUACGGCUCGGAUUAUUUGUUACUUAAAUAUGGUGAUACAGAUGAUUCGAAGCGCAUUAAAGAUUUGCUUGAGUGGAAGUUUCCACUCAGAAAGGAAUUUCUAAAACAUGCUAAGGCCAAACAGGAUGGUGUAAAGGACGUUCCCGAGACUGUUCCGUUGGAGUUCACCAAAGAUGAGCAAGAAAAAAUCCAGAAGCUGAAAGUCAGACAGUUUCUUAUUGACGAAACCAGGCCACUUUAUCAGACAAUAAUCAGCAUAUUAUUUGCAUAUUGCUUCGAUCUUCGAUCUGGAGAGGGAGAUACUACUGUUGAGUCCGGUUGGAACAUUGGAAAAUUGGUUCCGCAAAUCGCCUGUUUGGAUUCACAACUUAUUCCUUCGAAUAAUUCCACAGAGACAAAUCUGUUGAAAAUCUCUGUAAUCACCUCCACAAGAAGGGCUCUUUCGUAUCCGCUGGUGAGGUGUUGGGAGUUGGUCCAGAAGGUAUGGGAAGACGUCUACUAUGUGCUCAGGUGCGGAAAGCGUGGUGUGAUCAAAUUGCUACUUGCAGCUCGUGAGCCAUUCCGGUUUCAUGAUGUUUAUUAUGUUUAUAAUCUGAUCUGGUUCGAGGAGCUGCUUGGAUGGUGUCUUGGUGAUGAUGCAUUCAACGAGGCCACUCUUCGUGAUCUUGCCCAUAGUCUACGUAAGGAGACUGAGGGACUGACCAAAUCGGAUAUCACCUUCGAGAAGUGUCUUGACGAAGAGACUGCUGAGAUUGAGGUGGUGAGUCUUGUGGAUAUCGAAAAGUGGGCAGAGGAAAGUUAUGCUGAUGGACUCGGGGAAUAG